CAAUCGAGAGGAAGUGGCGGGUGAUCUGGGUCCGCACCUUUUCCGGUAACACAGCACUGCCAACGCUGUAACUGAACGACUGUAGAGAGGUAGAGAGGCAAGAGCAGGGAUAACUAACCUGGGGGACCGGGGGGUUGCCGCAGUUGCAGGGAGAGAGGAAGAGCUGAAAGUCGGAGGAAUCAAUGACCUUUUGAGCAUUCUAGACCUGGAUGUCCUGGCGAAGAUACGGCCGGGGGUGAUCUUAUCUGUCUCUGUUACAAUGAACUACUGAAUAGAAUCGUUCUUUUGAAUCCGCCGAUUGGAAUACGGGCAAGUGGACAGCCGGCAGACAAGGAGGAAGUCGGAUUUACCACGGGCUUUUGAGAGGGCCUAAUUUCAUAAACGCAACUAUUGGGCUAUAUAUAUUUUUGUAUUUCUCUCUCUACAUUAUUAAAAACACAAAGGUAGGCCUACGCACCGGGAACUGAAAUUGGGAUUUAAAGAUGACUGUGCGCUAAUCGUUUUAAUCAAAGAGAAAGUGUUUGAAUCGGAGUGUUGUAGAUUAUGAAAAUAUUUCCCCACCCUCUCCCGUGCACUGAGACGCCCAAUUUUCGAGCACUUCAAUUUCCCUUUGAAUCCUCUCGAAUAGGCUAGCACCCAGCUAUUUUUGACAGCUGUUAGUGUAACCGGAUAUUUGUAUCUUUCAGUGGAUCAUUUUCCAUAGAUUGACCGUCGUUCUAGACACAAGUGAAACGUUAUCUGGAACUAACUUUUGUAACUGCUACCUUAAUUUAUAUUUGUCAAUCCACCACUGAUAGACUGUCACGUGGAUUUAUGCUGUCGGGCAAUUUAUGCUGUCGGCCAAAAUCUGUUUUAUUUUUAAGAACCAUUGCUGCUCUCUUGAAAUCAUAGGGAAGUAAUUUACUUUUUUCCCCCCAAGGAAGUAAUAUUUAUGCACAGCCUACAAGAUGGGGAAAAUGCUCUCGAAGAUCUUUGGCAACAAGGAGAUGAGGAUAUUGAUGCUUGGACUUGAUGCUGCUGGCAAGACCACCAUCCUCUACAAACUGAAGCUGGGCCAGUCUGUCACCACCAUCCCAACAGUCGGCUUCAACGUCGAGACAGUCACCUACAAGAACGUGAAGUUCAACGUGUGGGACGUGGGGGGCCAGGACAAGAUCCGGCCGCUGUGGAGGCACUACUACACUGGCACUCAGGGCCUCAUCUUUGUGGUGGACUGCGCCGACAGGGACCGGAUAGACGAGGCCCGCCAGGAGCUCCACCGAAUCAUCAAUGACCGGGAGAUGCGGGAUGCCAUCAUCCUGAUCUUUGCCAAUAAGCAGGACCUGCCUGACGCCAUGAAGCCCCACGAGAUCCAGGAGAAGCUGGGCCUGACCCGGAUCAGAGAUAGGAAUUGGUACGUUCAGCCCUCGUGUGCUUCCACCGGUGAUGGACUAUACGAGGGUCUCACCUGGCUCACCUCAAAUUACAAAUCUUAAUGUUCAUCACUUCUAUGCUCAGCCUGGACUGUUUAGUUACAAUAACAAGCAAAAAAGCAAAAAGAGAAGAAGUGAAAUUAACAACAGAUGGGAAAAAAAUGACAACCUGAGGCAAUGAAUGAAUAACGUGACUUCUCAGAUGAGUAGGCCUAUAUAAAAGAGAAGUUUGAUUAUAAUCCUCCAUUUUUUUUCUUUUGAUAAUGGUGAAUGAUGCCCCUCUAUAACCCAUGUUUUUUAUAAACAAAAUGCAAUUAUUUUUGGCUGGCUUUUCUUUCUUUUUUUUUCACUUUGACUCUAGUAUACUGAAUUCACAGUCUAAUCACUCAAUAAUUCACAAAAUAUUAUUUUCAGAAGCUCUGAAAGAUGCAGAUUAAAUGUUGUUUUUUUCUCUUGUAUGAUUUAUUUCUGCGGUGGCAGGGUUCAGGGUUAGGGUGUGCUAUUUUUUUCUCCCUCAGUUAUAGAUACAUUACAGACAGCCUUCUAUUCCGUUUUCAUACAGUAUUCUCAUGACCCAAUUUCCACCCAAAGGAUGGGAAAGGCCAAUGCCCCUGUGUGGACGUUACCAGCUCAUAUCUGCGCCGGAAACCAAGGGACAGAUUCAGCAUAUCAGUUCUCAUGGUUCCAAACUGCCACCAUGGUUUUUAAAGAGUUAAGAAUAUGUAUUACAGACAUGUAAGGACCUCAUGAAGAAGUACUGUUUUCACUUUUGAUUGAUUGUACAAAAUGGUGGAGAUGAUUGAGGGAAAUGUGUUUAGUACUUAAUUCCUUAAACAGUGAUUCCAUCCCAUGUCUGCUAGGGAGGUUUUCUGAGAAGACACCAUGGACACUGCGACAUGGAUGGAUAUAUCAUUGUAUUUUUGUUCUGUUUCGGGUCAGAAUCUGUUACCACUGAUCUCUUUUUGCCUCUAAUCUUCUAAGAGCUUCCAUUUCCAGUUGAGUAUUUGUAGUUCCGGCUGCCUUUUGGGAAGCCCUGAGUUACAGGUGCACCAACAGAAAGACAGACAGUGUGGUGGAAAGCACCCUCAUAGCUAAGUCUUCACUAGGGGUGGGAAUGACUACCCUAUCCACAAGGGGGUGGGGGGGAAACACAAUACUAUAGGGCCCCUUGACUAAAAGUGCACACUGACUCUUUCUGACUGACUCUUGGGCCCAAGUAAGCAAGUGUUUACUUUUCAAUCCAGCACCACUUCCAUGGUGCUCUGCUCUCCAGUAAAUGGGGCCUCCUGCUCAGUUCGUUUAAUCCAUUCACAUCAGUUGUACAGCUCUUCAUGCAGUCAGACAAGACUACAUGUUCUGUUCAUAAGUUAUAGAUAUGAAAAUGCUUUGUUUAAUUAUUUUUGUUCCAUUUGCUAUGCUGAUGAAAUAAUAAAAAUAUGUAUCCAGAUCAA